GUCACUCUGUGGACUUGGCUGACUUGUUGCGAGCCUUUCGGGCAAACAAUGUAUUUUUGUGACAUAAAAUAGUAAGUAGUUUGCUAAACAACAUAGAAAAAGUCGAUAACAUAGAGGCUUCGUAACAGAAAAAAACACGUAGGAUGGGCGAGGGCGAGGACACCGGGUUUAAAACUACUGGCUCCAAGUGGCUGAUGCCUGUCAGUGAACUCUUGGGCUUUCCUCUGGAUCAGGUGAAUUUUCUGGCGUGCCAGCUGUUUGCCCUGGCUGCUGCCUUCUGGUUUCGUCUCUACCUCAGUCCUAGCCAUGCCAAUCCCCUGGUCAGGCACGCUGUGGCCACUCUUCUUGGCAUUGUCUUUCUCAUCUUCUGCUUUGGAUGGUACUCAGCUCACAUCCUGACAGUGGUGGUUGGAAGCUACUUGAUUAUCAUCAACGCUGACAUCAACAAUGUGCACAGGUAUUCCAUGGUGACAGCUAUGGGCUACUUGACAGUGUGCCAAGUGAGCAGAGUCUUCAUCUAUAACUAUGGAGUUUUGUCCACUGACUUCUCUGGGAUAUUGCCUGACCUGAUAGUGUUUUCUGUGGGCAGUCAGUCUUUGGUUAACGGUCACAGAACCGCAACCAGCUUCAAGACAUUCAUAGACAACUGGAAUAUUCAAACAGGAAUUUGGCUCAAAGCGGUGUGUUAUGACCGAGCCCCCAGGCACAGGUUGGCGUUGACCUUCAUCCUGUCGGCCCUGUGGCACGGUGUUUAUCCUGGGUAUUAUUUCACCUUCAUCACUGCCAUCCCCAUCACCAUGGCAGCUAGAGCUGUACGGAAGUCUGUCCGCCAACACAUGCUGAGCUCCAGAGGCUUGAAGCUGGGAUACGACCUCUUCACCUGGGCAGCCACCCAGCUGGCCAUCUGCUACACUGUGAUACCUUUCCUGCUCCUAGCAGUAGAGUCCACUUUGGUUUAUUACAGGUCUAUGUAUUUCCAUGUUCACAUCAUCAGCAUUCUGGCUGUGCUCGCCCUGCAUCAGAAACACAAACCCAGUGAACUCUCUGCCACCAACAACAAAUGUUCCUCGUCCUCUUCCUCCUCCUCGUCUCCGUGCCCAGCACAGUGCCAGCCUAUUCACUCCAACAACAACAACAAAGUGGACUAAAAAGCCCUUCUUCAUUUUCUCUUACCGGGCUCCCAGUCAAGAGGUGUUCUCUCAAAGACAAGUGAAUAUCCCCAAAGUGCAUUCAGCAAUCUCAAAGUGGGAGAACAUCAUUUAUUUGAUGGGACAACACAGAGCUGAUAAAGAAGACCUUGAUGAAAACGCGAUGAAUCACAUAUGGCACUGGAGAGACUGUCAUAUUGUAAUAUCAACACCACCACCACCAGGACACUGACCUCCUCCACCUGCAUCCCCGAAC